AAUAUCGCGAACUCCCAGCACUGCGCAAAGGUCCGAAGUUUGGUUAUAACUUUUGAUCAUAAGAGAAUAAGCUUAUGUAGUUUAUUGAUUACAAUUAUAAAAUACAAAUAAACACAAUAAAUUGUUAUUAUUGUUGACAAGUAGCAAGAUACUUGUAGAUAUGGACAUGAAGAUUGCCUUAACUUCUAUUGUGAAGUCCUUUUUAGAACCGCUUUCUUAUAUUUAUGAAGACGAAGACGAAGGCGUUUUAGAAUUGUUAUUGGAGUAUGCAAACAAUAUUCCCGAGAUAGACGAUCAUCGUCGACGAAUUCCUAAAGCUAAUGAUUACGUUGAACAUAUAGUACCAACGCUUAGUAGUAUACAAUUCCAAUAUAGUUUUCGAAUGCUCCCUUCAACAUUUGAGUAUAUUUUAAGACAGCUUGGAGAGAAACUAAGUCGGAGUAUACAUGGAAAUGAAAUGUUAGCUCCAGAUAAACAACUUCUGCUAAGUUUAUGGCGUUUUGCUACUACAGAUCCAUACUCCUCAAUAACUGAACGAUUUAAUGUAGGUCAAGCUACAGCUAUAAGAGCUGUGCGUCGUGUAAGCAAAGCAAUAUGCGAGCUUUCACCAAAGUACAUAGUAUGGCCCACAAAGAAUAAAGUAUCAGAAAUUGUGGAUGGCUUUUCUCAGAUGGGUGGUUUUCCUGACGUCAUUGGAGCUAUAGAUAGUAUUUUUGUUAAUAUUCCUGCACCUAAGACUAAUGCACAAGCUUUUGUAAAUAGGAAAGGUCGUUAUUCAAUCCAUCUUCAGGGUGUUUGUGAUCACAAAGGACACUUCACAAAUAUUAAUGUUGGAAAUACAGGUUCAUUAUCUGAUGAAUAUGCUUUUCGCUUGUCUGUUCUUCAAGAAUAUAUUAAUGAUCCAGAUAAAUUUCCCAAUAAUACACAUAUAAUUGGAGAUGCAAAUUAUAAGCUGCAUAAAUAUCUUAUGACUCCGUAUUUUAAUAACGGGCGACUCACAAAACGCAAAAAAAACUACAAUUCUUGCCAUUCUGCUAGUAGGAAUAUAAUCAAAAAAGCAUUUGCCUAUUUAACAUAUCGCUGGGGAAGUAUCAAACAUGGCGUAGCGAUAACUCAGAUAGAUUACGUAUCUUGCCACAUACUAGCAUGCUGUGUGUUACACAAUAUUUGUUUAUUGAAGAAAGAUGAACUGGAAGAACUGAAGCAUGAGAGACUGGAAAUACAAGACGAAGAAGUUACUGUAGAAAUAGAUUUGUCAAAUGAAGAUCAAAAUGAUGACAUAGAAGUUGCAAAAGCUAAAAGAGAUUUAAUAUGUAAUGACUUAUACAUGAAAAAAUUUUACGUAAAAACAUUAUUGAAUGAACAAUAAUAAUAACUGAUAAAUUGUUAUUGAUCAGUAUUUUUAUAAUUUCGAGUUAAAUUGCAAAGUUACAGAGUUAACUUAAAUUAUGAAGUAUUGUUAGUAUCCCAGAAUAAUUCUCAGUGAUUAUAACAACAACCUCUGAUCUAGCACUGAGCUGCCGUGACAAAUUAUUGGCGUGAAUAUUAUUAUAAUAGGCAUUUUAAUAAAAAUUAUAGCAUAAUAAGUAUAGAUAUUUAUUAUUUUAAAUUUUAAUUUUAUAGUCAAAUGUCCAGUAAAAUAAGCAAUAACUUUCAUAGUAAUAAAAUAUUGCCGUAAAUUU